GUUUUGUCGGUUCCCCGGCAAAAUUUGCCGAAGUCACUAGCACUAUCGCCGGCGAUUCGAACUCUGGAAAAGAUGCAAUCAGCGGCGAAUUUUCCACGGAUAUGGAAUCCAUCGCCAAUUGGGUCAUCCUCGAAAGUUCAAUUAGUGAACCUUAAGCAGCAUCGAAAGGCUCACGCGCUUCACUGUUUGAGAUCAGAAGGGCAUGAAGAAAAGCUUGAGAAUUCUUCUCAGGACAAACUUGGAGUGUCUUCUGUUGUAAAAGAAGAUAAACAUAAGGAUAUAUGGAACCUCUUUAGAGAAGCUCAACAAAAUAUCCUUUACUUAAACAAGCAACGCCUAGCUGCCGUUGAGGAGUUAGAGAAGCUGAAGAAUGAGAAAGUUGAAUUGCUAGAGAGGUUAAACCAAUUGGAAGCAGAAAGUCAGAUUGUAAUCAAGAAAGAUAAGUCAUCUCUACUAUGGGAGUUACUUCUCCGCGUUGAUUCAAUGGUGCUCAAUGGAUUGAUUGGUACCGAAGAAGCUUCAUCCAUGAGACAACUGGUUAGAGAGCAUCAAGCGAACAUCUCUGAGUUUCCUCUUGAUGUCCUGCAACAGGGAGAUGCCCAAGUUCUAGCAGAACUUAGACAGUUACCAAAUAGAGGCAAAAGGAAUGGUCUCCACGUGAUUCAUAUUUGCACCGAGAUGGAUCCACUAGUUUCUGUUGGACCUUUGGCUUCAUAUAUUACAGGACUCUCUUGUGCACUCCAAGGCAAAGGCUACUUGGUUGAAGUUAUACUGCCAAAAUACUCUACACUUGAUUUGGACGAAGUUGAAGGGCUUAGAGAAAUCGAAGCUGAUGCAUAUUCUUAUUUCAAUGGUCAGCUUCAUGCUAACCGAAUAUGGAAUGGAGUUGUCUCUGGAGUAGGAGUGACAUUUAUUCAACCAUUGUAUUACAGUUCAAUGUUUAGCCGUGAUAAAGUAUAUGGCUAUCCAGACGAUGUUGAUAGAUUUGCCUACUUUUCUCGUGCUUCGUUGGAUUACAUUGCAAAAUCUGGGAAGCAGCCUGAUGUGUUACACAUUCACAACUGGCAAACUGCAAUAGUUGGACCGCUGUUUUGGGAUGUUUUUGUUAAUCAGGGACUUGAAGGUACGAGAAUACUCUUGUCAUGCCAAGGAUUUGAUUCGAAGUGUCUUGUGCCUCCUGAGAGGUUGGAGCUAUGUGGGCUUGAUCCAGCUAGUCUUCAUCGUGCUGAUCGCUUACAAGAUAACACGAAUCCACAGAUGGUUAAUAUAUUGAAGGGUGGUAUUGUCUACUCAAACAAAGUUGUAAUAAUGUCAUCAGCACCUUCGAAAUCAAUCCCUGGUCUUGAACCAACUUUAGCUGUUCACAAGGAGAAGUUGUUUUUUGCUCCCUAUGGGUUGGACAACUCAAAAUGGGAUCCUUCAAUAGAUGUUUAUCUCCCUCAAAACUACAGUGCUGAAAAUUUACUGGGAAAAUCAACAUGCAAAGUUGAAUUGCAGCGUCAACUUGGUUUAGAGGAAAAUGGUUCAGCCACCAUUGUAGGGUGCAUCUUCUCAGAAAUAUCAGGUGUUGAUCUCGAGAGCUUGAAGUCAAUUAUUCGGAGUAGAAAAAAGAAUGAUGUCCAGUUUGUUAUAAUGAUAAUGAAUGAAGAUCAGAUGAUAAUCAACGAAAUGGAGAGAACUCAAGAUGAAAUUGAGGGAGGAAAUCUGAAGGUGGUGACAGGAAGCAAUGAAGUUGUUUCUCAUUUGAUUUAUGCGGGAUCUGACAUUAUGGUUUGUCUAAACUUCUUCCAAGACCCACUUCUCCAAGUCCCUCUCAAGGCUUUGAAGUACGGAACAGUUCCAAUCGAACUAAACCCCCAAACCGGGUAUGUUGGAACACAUGAACAAGAGGCCACCACUGCUAACUUUAUCAAUUCUUUAUUCGGAAGAAUGUCCUUAGACCAAGCAUUGGAUCUUAUGAAGGAUGGGAGGUUGUGGAAGUUAAAGAUAGUGGAAGCAAUGGAGAAAGACUUGUGUUGUGACGUUCACAUCUCUGCAUAUACUUCCAUUAAGAGCCUGUGAAAGUAGUGAAGAACAUAAAAAAAGUUUGCAUACGACGGAAUCAACAAGAAACAAGUUGAGAUUUGGACUGGUUUCCUAACAACAUUAGGAGUCUCAGUCUCAUGUCUUUGAUCAAUUUUCUUGCCGGGGCCUAUAAUGUGUAUUGACAUAAGAAUGUAUUUAUAUAUUUCAACUAUUAAAUCAGUUGGUAUCUUUUGUAAUGUAAUAUAAUAGAACAACAUUAUGUUA